AUGCGAUCCCCAUCUGUCCUCGUUGUGGGGUCCAUCAAUGCUGACAUCUUUCUCGACGUUGCGCGACUUCCGAUGCCGGGCGAGACGCUUAGUGCGACCGGGUCUCGGUGUCUCAUUGGCGGCAAAGGCUCCAACCAAGCCGUCGCAGCCUCCCAUGCCGGUGCCCCGACAACCUUUCUCGGCCAGUUCGGCGACGACUAUGCCAGCCGCAUGCAAGCACAUUUGCACGAUGCUGGUGUGACAGUCGAUGCCUCGAGCACUGUGCACACGGACGUCGUCUCAGGCCAGGCCACGAUCUUCCUCAUGCCAUCAGGUGAAAAUGCCAUCGUGAUUGUGCCAGGAGCGAAUGCUGCGUGGCCAACGGAGCUCUCCCUAAGCUCGAAGGCAAGCAUCCGCAACGCGUCAGUUGUGCUCCUUCAAUGCGAAAUUCCCCACCGCGUCAACCGGCUCGUUGCCAUGGAAGCCAAGGCUGCAGGAGCGAUCGUUCUCUGGGACCUCGGAGGUGAAGAACGCGCUAUUGACGCCGACUUUUUGCAGUACGUCGACUAUGUGUGCCCCAACGAGACCGAGCUCCAACGCUCUAUUGACGCUCCGGCGCCCCUACUGACGCAAGACGACGUCGUCCGUGCCGCCAAGAAGCUCCAAGACAAGUAUUAUCGCACAGCACUUCUCGUUUCACGCGGAUCGAGCGGCGCAGUUCUUAUCGCUGCAGAUGGCUCCGUCACGCAGCAAGCCGCUUUCAAGGCAACUGUCGUCGACACAACCGGUGCUGGCGAUUGCUUUCGUGGCGCAUUCGCUGCCAUGUUGGCGCAAGGUCAUACGAUCAAGGACUGCCUUGAAUACGCUGCCGCCAGUAGUGCUCUCUGCGUUGGCCUCCUUGGCGCGACGAUGCCAUCCCGUGAUGCGACCUUGCAGGCACUAGCGGCGGCUAGAUCCAACCGCAUGGCUGAGUCGUCCGGUUAA